AUGAAAAAUUCUAAUGAAAAUCGCAAAGCAAGAGACCCUGUUUUGACAGCAACAGAUUUGAAGAAAAGAAAGUUCGGUGAUGAGUAUGGUGAUAGGACAGGGCGCCAUUCCAUAAUCCCUCCGAAAAUCCCAGUGCUUCAAAUUUCAAAAGGUUUCUCGACAGAUAGAGAAAGGGAUAUACGGACUCUUGCUCGUCAUCAAAUCAUUUGCAGAAAAGAUGUCAUGGAAGCUACUACUAAAGAAUUCAAUGCACUGGUGGCUACGAUCAUCAAUGGAAGAAUGUGGAUGGGCUCUGUAGGGAGAUCAAAUCUAAGGUUGUUUCAAAAGCUUACUGAGAAGCCAAACGAAUAA